AUGAUCGACGCCCUCUGCGGCGUCACCCCCGAGGAGGACUACGUCCUGCCGGACGGCGACGUCGAGACCUGGUCAGUGAAUCAAGUGGCGGGCUGGGCUGCCACCAAGCUGUCGGCGCGGACGGCGCAGGCGCUCCGAACCAAUGAAGUCGAUGGGGCGCUCCUCGUCGAAAUGUCCAAGGCGGACAUUCGCACGGAGCUGGGCAUUCCAAGUCUCAGGGACCGGAACGCCCUCAGUGCCGCGAUCGCGGAGCUCGCCCCGCGUAAAAAAGCGGCGAAGCAGCCGAGUUGGUGGCCGAGCCCGCGGCCGCGGAGCGAGAAGGCGGACGAGACCAUUAUCGCGGUGGCUCCCGAAGCGGGCGAGGCCGAGGCGACCGAGGAUGAACGGGACAUGGAGGAGUCGCUCUGGGAGGCGGCGCUCUUGGUCGGCGCGCCGGAGACGUCACUGGGCGACGCCGCCACGACCGUGGGCCUGCUCGUGCUGAUGGUCGCCACGCAGCUCAUCUUUUUAUAUGUUGCGGCGCAGUUAGGGUAUGACAAGGCCAUCACCGCGGAGACGGUCUCGGAGUUCCGCAAGUUUCGCGUCGAGAUCGCGCACGACGUGCAGUACUACGACGCGGCGCGCGGCGUGUCGCUGGCGCGCAAGGUCUGCUCGGAGCUGGCGUACAACGAGGUCGCGGCGUCGCAAGUCGACCAGUUCGCGGUGCUCAAGACCUACGCGGGCAUGCAGGACCGACUCUGGCCCCAGGGCGUCUUGUUGUGCAUCAUCGCGCUGCUCGUCUGGACCUUCACGAUCGUCGGGUCGGUGCUCAAGGCCGGCAUGACGUUGUACAGCGUCCUACGCAUGGACGUCGGCCCCGCGCGGACGGCCUGGGGCGUUAUCUUACAAGUCGUACGACUCUGCAUCUGCUGCGUGCUGGCGUGGUACGGGGCUUUAUAUCACGCCGGGCAUCGGCGACCUGAUCCUGAACGCCGUCGCGCUGGAGAUCGUUCUGCAGAUCGAUGAAUUAAUUUUUGCGGCGCUCGGGUCCUGGCGGCUCAAGCGGCUCGUGGGCGCGACGGCCCUCCCUGCAUGUGUGCCGUCGUACGCGGUCCUCGCGCCGCCGGUACUCGGGGCCUUCGCGUUCCGUCCCGUGUGGAAAUCAACCCGUGCGUCGAUGGCGUGGGGGUUGACGUGAUAAUUCUACGCAGGUUCGUCGCGGCUUUGCUCGUCGCCCACGUUCAACCGCAGCGCGAGCUCUUCGUCAAGGCGAGAGACGCGUUGUGUGCUGGCGAGCUCGAUUUCAUCUACGCGAGCGACGCGGCUGGGAUAGUCGCGUGGGCGCCUGUGUGGAAAUCAAAUCUCACGCGCCCGACGCCAUCGACGCUACUUUGUCCACACAGGUGGGCGCACACGCCCGGCGCGCGCGUCGACCGCCUCGAGGAGCGGAACUUUCCGGACGGCGGCGGCGCGGGCGCUGACCUCACGAUGGACGACAACAUGGACUGGAGCUUCCGCGAGUGGACCGUUGGCGCGCAGUGCAUAAAUCAAACGUCGCAUAUCCACGCCAUCGACGCGACGCAAGCACUGAUUUGCGCACAGGUGCAGACCGUGCUGCGGCAGUUGGGCCGGGACCACUUCAUCGGUGUCGACGCGGCGGGGAACGCGACGUGCUAGUCCGCGACCAGCGUCCGUUUUUGAUGAAUCUUGCCGCGUCGGCGUCGAGGGGGCGUCGUCGCGCGUCACCGGUCGAAUGAAGGGUCUCGCGCAUCGGCGUCACCGGUCGAUCCACACAGCGACGCCUGCUACCUCUGGGACGAGGCCACCGGGGCCACUCUCGGAAGCAACCCCGCGGCGCCCGCCUGCUGCCUCGCGACGAAGACGCGGCUGCCAGUGGCCGCCGGUGGCAGCUGGUCCGUGGUCCGCGUGCGGCGUCCGUCGCGGGCCUUCACCUCGCGACGCCAUCGACGCGGCACGUCACCUUCCGUCCAAAUUCCGCGCAGGCGCAGCAGAAGCAGCGGAGCGUGGAGGACGCCGUCGUGACGUGGAAUUCCGGGUGCGAGGACACGCUCGACCUGCAGUUCGAGCUCGACCUGCAGAUUCGCGGGGCCGUCGGCGACGCGGUAUCUAGAGACGCCUGCGGCGGGAGCUGUCCGCCGUCGAAACCAUUCUGCGACGCGACUACGAAGAGUUGCAUCGCGCCGAGUUGUAGUGAUGUGGCUCGGUACUGCCACGACAACGACGACAUCGGGUUGAGGGCACGACUCUUCUGCCCCCGGACCUGCGGCUGCGACGACCCGCGCAGUUCCUUAGUUCUGGCGAACCCGAACCAGGGUUGUGGGAGAAACUGCAUGCGCGCGGGAGGGUACAUGGCACGGCUCCAGGACACCCCAUGCGAGGACGUGGAGUACAAUGACACGGCCUACAACGCGUACCUGGAUAAUUGGGAACGCGUCGGGUGGACGUGGCCUCAGGACUUCGCGGCGAGCGCCGUCAGUCUAUCGCUGCAGCUCCGCUGGGGCUGCUGGGUCCUCCCGUGGCUCGAAUUGGGUCCCACGAACCUGUGCGUCGAAGGUGGCGCGAACUGGCCGAUCCGGCCCCUGUCGUACUUCUGCCCCGCGACGUGCGGCUGCCGGGCCGGCGACCCGCACUGCCCGCUGACGUGUCCUGCCCGCGAGUCGUACGACUGCGCGGAAGACCUGGCGACCGGCAACGGCGGGGUCUGCCCGGUCGGGGCCUGGACGCCGUGACGGCGUUUCGAGUAAUCUUUCUGUUAAAUACACG